GCGUUCCCAGCAUAUUGAAACAGAGGCGCAGUUGUCUGACAGAGUUGAGAGAUACAGUAAGAUAGAUACAGUACGAUAGACACAACGAGGAAAACAUCGCGUCGCACGUUCGCCACCUACCUGUUGAAUAUCACCGCCGUUUAAUUUGCAAGUUUGGGGUUGGGUUGACGAGUCACUCACUGUCGAAGAACAAAGUCGAACCUGGAAAAAGGAGAGUCAGUCGAGGUUUUGUCGAGGUAAAUGCGGAAGGAAAGAGGAUUUGUGCAACUGGUAGCCACUCCAAUGUUCUAACCGGACCGACAGACCAAAGGAUUUAUCAACCGAUCAAACCGAUUUAUUGACGCCAAAAAACCACAAUGCCUUUAGGACUGAGGAGAAAGAAGAACAAGUCGAGAGAGAGCUCGAACCUGGUGGAGAAUGAGGAGGUCGGUGGACACGCAACUGGGAGCUCCGUGAAGUCGACCGUAAACGGAGCGGGGCUCCCACCGCCACCUGCCAACCUGCGGCCCAAACUAGUGUUCCACACUCAGCUCGCCCACGGCAGCCCCACGGGAAGGAUCGAGGGAUUUAGUAACGUCAAAGAACUCUACGGGAAAAUAGCUGAUACGUUCAAUUUAAGUCCACCAGAGAUCCUGUUCUGUACAUUGAACACCCAUAAGAUCGACAUGGAGAAGCUGCUUGGUGGUCAGAUCGGCCUGGAGGACUUUAUAUUUGCCCACAUUAAAGGGAUUAAGAAGGAGGUGGAGGUGUUUAAAUCAGAGGAGGCCCUGGGCCUCACCAUCACAGACAACGGGGCGGGAUACGCCUUCAUCAAGCGAAUCAAGGAGGGCAGUGUGGUGGACAAUGUGAAGGUGAUCUCUGUUGGAGACCACAUAGAGUGCAUCAACGGGAAGAACAUUGUGGGAACACGGCACUACGAGGUGGCUCGCAUGCUGAAGGAGCUGCCUAAGGAGCAGAAGUUCACCCUCAAACUGGUGGAGCCUAUGAAGGCCUUCGAGAUGCUGGAGCCGAGGUCGAAGGGAGCCAAGCCGGCCAGUGAGAAUAAGUUGGGGACAGGGAGAGGGACUCUGAGACUGCGCGCCAAAGGACCUGCUACCGUAGAGGAAGUGCCGACAGAGUUUGAGGAGAAAGCAGUGAAGAAGGUGGAUGACUUACUGGAGAGCUACAUGGGUAUCAGAGAUACAGAACUGGCGGCGACCAUGGUGGAGGUGGGUCGGGACAAGAAGAACCCUGAUGAGUUUGCCAUGGCUCUGGACGAAGCUCUCGGAGACUUUGCCUUCCCUGACGAGUUUGUGUUCGACGUCUGGGGCGCCAUUGGAGAUGCCAAACAGGGACGUCUUUAAUGUUUUAACUGAUUACCCAGGUCACCUAGCCCGGUCCAAGACAGCACAAACACAUCUGGGACCAGGCUACCAACCCCUGUUCCAGUGGACAAAUAUCAGCCAGUAGAGAAUGAGGGGUGGGAAUUACCAGGGACCUCACGCAUUGCGAUUCCAUAAUGUGAUUUUAUUCCAAUUUGAUGUUCCCGAACAUAUUGCUCACUAAAUGUCUGCUGCAGAAGGACAAGUGCUAGAGAAUGAGGAAAUUAGUUUUAAAUCAGUCAUGGAAAUAAGUGGUCACUAUGUUAAAAGAUGGAGAAGAAACUAUAGGAUGGAAAAUACCAGAAUUUUGGCGCAGGUACAUCCGACUAACGCUAGCUAACACUACCUUUGAAAAGGAAAAAUCGAUACUUAGAGUCAAAGUAUCUACAUAAUACGGUCCAAAAUAAUAUUGUGAUAUGUAACUAUCGAUUCUAUUCCCCUAUUGUUAUUAUUAUAUACACCCUCGAAGACAGAAUCACUUAUUGAUCAGUCAUGUCCCACUCAGUUCUCUGGGAUGCAUCCCAAAUGGGCACCCUAUUCCCUACAUAGUGCACUACUUGGCACCCUAUUCCCUACACAGUGCACUACUUGGCACCCUAUUCCCUACAUAGUGCACUACUUGGCACCCUAUUU